AUGUCAAGUGAUUCGGAAAUAAGCAGCGUUGAACAAAGCGACUCAGAAGAAACAUAUCCAGAAGAGGAAAUAGAAAAUGAUGAUGUAGAUGUAGAGGUUGUUCUUAGUCUCGUUCAACCUUAUGAAGACGAACCUCUUGCAGACGCUUCCGCCGAACCACAUAUGGAAGAAGAGAACGAAGAUGCCGAUGCGGAUGGCCUUACACCAACUGUUUUAGAGGCCAGAUAUGAAAGAACGGUUCCAGUUACGUCCUGGUUUGUAUAGCCAUUUCAAAAUAAUUUGUAUUGCAUUUUCCUUUCCUGUCAAUUUAUAUUUGGGAGAAGCUUGUCUUUUAUGUUUACGUUAUUUCCCCUGCCUUCUCAGGUGCCAAUGUGAGCUAUGCAACGACAUGAAUUUAGUUGGGGCGCUGGAGUUUCGUUGUUGUAGAGAGGUGGUCCAUUCAUCGGGGAAGCUUGUCUUCGAUGGAUCCAUCGAACGCAUCAGCUGUAUAACACAGCAUGAAGACUACGCAGCUCUAAGCAACAGGACGGUUCUGCUUCAAGUGGCUCCAUUGUUGAGAAACAAAGAUGGCCGAAGCUACCGCCGACGAUCUGGAGUUCCAGAGAACGAGUGA